CCUGUUCCAGCACACACACACACACACACACACACCAGGGCUGAUUUCAGUUGUAUUCUGUUGGUUGGUGUGAGAACUCGUACAGAGCGGGAUGGAGACCUGGCUGCUGAAGCAUCGGCGACUUUCUCUCUGCUUCUUCAUCACCUUUAUCUCCACAGCGUUCGGUGAGGUCUUGUAUCUCCACGCACUUCGCAACUCCUCCAUCGAGUUCUCCUGCGUUCCUCCUGGAGUCCAAACACCGUUCGGCUUCGCUCUGAGACGGGAAUGGAUUCAGAAAAAAGAAGUGCUGUAUCACAACUUCGCCGCCCAGGCCUACGUUAAAGAUCACACGCUUGAGGGUCGCAUCGAGGAUCGAGUAGUCGACCGGAACCAAGCGGUCAACGUGAGCAUCACGGGGUUGCAGGGCUAUGACACUGACCUGUACGUCUGUACGUUCCACUACAACACACAUGGAGCCAUUCAGAACCACUCAGGGAGGAACAAGUUCAUGCUCUACGUGAAAGGUGACUAUUACGAGCCAUGUAGCUGCCCCAGUUACACACUGCUGCUCCUGUCUCUGUCUGCGGGAGCCGGUAUGCUCUUCAUCACCCUCCUCAUCAUCGCUGCGGUGCAUUGUAUGAAGCCCAGUAGGAGAGGACAGCUGAAGUCUCAGCACUCGGUUCCUAUCUAUGAGGAGAUGAACGGUGUGAGGGAGAAGCCAGUCUUGGGGCUACAGGAGGAAGACAUCUCCUCUCUCUAUGUUAAGCCCAGAAAAGAGAAUCCCUACAUCAACUGAGUUGUGACCUCUGACCUCUGAAUAAAACAUUAAACUCUUCACAAGUUAAAAAAAAGUCCCAAAAACUUCAUAAGAAGAUUUACUGGUAAAUUUGUUCUUAAAUUCUGAUCAGUAAUUUUCGUAAUACAAUUGAAUAGAGAUGGGGCGGUGGCUUAGUGGUUAGCACAUGCACCUCACUGUGUGUGUGGAGUUUGUAUGUUCUCCAUGUGCUUGGUGGGUUUCCUCUGGGUGCUCCGGGUUUCCUCCCACAGUCCAAAGACAUGCUUCUAGGCUGAUUGGAGUCUCUAAAUUGUGUGCAUGUGUGUGUGUGUGUGUGUGCGUGCGUGUGUGUGUGCCCCACGAUGGGUUGGUAUCCUGCCUUGAUGCCCGAUGACGCCUGAGAGUCACAGGCUCCCCGUGACCCGAGGAUAGAUCAGAUAAACAGUACAGACAAUCAAAUGAAAAAAAAAAUUAAAUACAAAUAUUAUUAUUAUUAUUAAUUACUAAUAUUAAUAUUAAUUAAUUAACUAUUAUUAUUAAUAAUAAAAAUGAUAUAUAAUUAUAUAUUAUAGUAUAUAAUAUAUAACAUAUAUAAUUUAAAAAUAUUAAUAGAUAAAAUAUUA